AUGACGGUGGAUAACACGCCCGUACGCUCAGCAUUGCGAGAGGCCGACAAACGCCGUGACGUCAACGAGACGACGCCUGCGGACUACGAGGAAGUGCCAGCGGAGCGGGCACGCUUCGCCUGGAAGCUUAAAGCGGUGUGGCGCCCGGCCUGGAGGAGCAGUCUGCUGCGCGCCGGUCAUGGGGAACGCCAUGACGCCCAGGGAGGUGCACAACAUGCGAGUGCUCAUGAUCUGCACAGAAAUGGUGAGCCCGCCGUCUCGCGCCGCUAUAUGAUAUGCUGCAUAUGCGGCGUGCUGCUGACGCCGCUCCACGGCGAGUGCUGGCAGCGCUCCUCGACGGCGCUGCAGAUGGCCGCCUCCGGGGGCUACGGUCUCAUCGCAGUGGGCCGGCUGUUCGCUCUGCUCGGCGGGGACCUGCUGCCACUUGCCAUCGAGCGGCUGUACGUUUGGGCAGCGGCGAUGCUGUUCGCGGCGUGCGGCGGUGUGUCACUGGCGUCGGCGGCCACUGGGGACAGUGCGUGGGGCCCCACCGAUCCGUGGGAGACUCGCGAGGUGGCCCGCGCCGCACUCGCACUCCUCGUCACCAUAGUGCUGGUUGCCGACGCCAUCACGUGCCACUUGCCCGCGGGCAUCGUACUCGACGUCCCACCUCGCAUCAGCAGUGCGGGCGCUCCUGCUGCCGACGACUCGCCACCGCCCUACUCUGUUGUCAUUGCGCACGAGGCUGGUCUGCUGCCGUGAUACUGAAAAACCUGCUCAGGUUCAGCUGGUGAGACAAGCUGUGAAGUGAGGUCUUCCCGUCUGUUCGUGUCCACUUGUGUCGCCACCACAACUGUACUGACGCAUUAUCCUGUGGGCCUGAGGAUCAGCAAACUGGAACUUCAUAGUUAAUCAGGGCAAUAUCCGUGAAUACUGCCGACUCUCCACAAUGCAGUGAUGUUUGGAAAAUAAAAGUACAACGUCCCCUCUUGCAUCCCGACCACAAGAAUCCAUGAAUAUGCCACUGAACCAAAGUCCCAGGUGCUGUGUUGCGUCCUCAUCCAACAACAGUGAAGGUGUGGACAUGUCUGAUCUACCACCGGGUGAUCGUAUCGAUACGGGCAGUGUAGGGCAUGCUGUAGGCAGCUGCAGACGGCGACUCUAUUGCUCAAACCCUCUGGCGUCAAGCGGCCUAUCAUGUCUACUUCAAUGUACACAACUCCAAAGCUGUUCAGGAUACAUCGUACUAUAGCCCAGUGUGAACGACCUCUUUGUGUUGUGGAUUUUGUGUUGGAUUCCUCUUUGGACAGCUUGUACUCUGCUGUUGACCGACUUUGUUAUGAUUAUGGAACAAGGACUCGCAACUACUCCUGCAAAGCACAAAUAGUGAAUGUGACAUUUGCGUUCUCCAGCACUUAGGUGCUGUCGACAUGAACCCGAGCACCGCUCUCGUUUGUGGCGGAAAGUGUUUGUUUCUAUUGUGAGGGACACAAAAUACCCAAGAGAGUCUCAUGACUCCCUUUUUGGGAGCACAGAACUAUUAAAUUGUAUGUCACUGCAUGUAAAAUUGGUGGUUAUAAUGAUGAACUAUUGUGUACUGUAUCCAGUGCUUCUCAAAGCUCUCUCUCCCUCUCCCCGUCUGUUGGAUGGAGUAAAUAGAACAUCACGUGUUGUCCAUUCAGUAUUUUGGUAGUAUAUUUAGUGGAACGAAGGGGUGGACUGCUCAACGAAAUACGAUGAGUCCGUAUGAGCAAGUGCGUUUGUCUAGCAAGCUAUCACAAUUAGUGAAAUGUGUAAGGGGACCAGUUACUAAUCAUGGUUACUAGAAUCUGAUUUGAACAAAUAGUUCUGUUGCUCGUAACUACACAACUCAAUAAAAGUGAAACGUUAAAAAUGUAGAGCGAAUUCUAGUCAUAAUAUUUAAUGUAUGCUGAACAGGAAUGUUCAUUCUCUUCCGUGGAGUAUGGCCUGCGUCAUACAUAUAUUGUGACCUGUCAGUUCUUUCUUUUGUGCAAGUGAAGAACAAGAAUGCAUAUCUCUGAGUCUAUACUGACAAGUAGUUUUAUUAUAGGGAUUUUCAUAGAAUAAACUCAAGUAAAUACACUACAGAGAUGGAAGAACAAGUUCUUUACCAAUGACGACAGUGGCUCAUCUCCAUCGUGAUAAGAUUUAGGAAACUAAAAGUUACCAGAAAACUUCACCUUCUCCAUUCACGUAAUCACAUAGUUGAUGUGAAGAAUACAGCAGGUUUAUGUUCCUUGUCAGGCCAUCUUUGUAAGCAGAUCAAAUGCAUCGCUACUUAAAACAGCAGAAUGGCCAAG